AUGCUCAACUCACGAGCAGCAUCAUCGCUGAAUAUAAUCCUCAAGCUCCAACAUUUUGCCAAUUUCCUCCGAACUUACCACCAUGGUCGUGCUCAAAAAUCUCACUCAAGAAGAAAACCAUCCCAUAAACGGAAUCACAAGUUCAGAAAAAGAACCAAUUUUGUUGAACAUAUUCCAUUCCUAGAUGAAGUCAAACAAUGUGAAGAUCCAGAUGAAGCCCUCUCUCUGUUUCAUGACUACAAGAAACAGGGAUUCAAGCAUGAUUACCCUUCUUACUCUGCCCUUAUUUACAAGCUCGCCCGGGCUCGCAAAUUUGAUGCCGUCGAGACCCUUUUGGAUUGUCUCAAGAAGUACAACAUUCGUUGCAAAGAGUCUCUUUUUAUGGCUUUGUUUGAGCACUAUUGCAAUGCCAAUUUGCCGAAUAAGGCUAUUCAGCUUUUCCGGGAUAUGACAUCGUUUAAUUGCGUUCGGAGACUCCAGUGUUUUAAUGCUAUUCUGAACUGUUUGGUGAGCAAUGAUUGUUUAUCUGAUGCCGAUGGAAUCUUUAUGGAGUCAUCCAAAAUGGGUUUCCGAUUGAACUCGGUUUCGUUUAACAUAAUGAUCAAAAUGUGGCUGCAGAAAGGGGAGUGGGAUAGAGCUCAGGAGGUAUUUGAUGAAAUGCUUGCAAGAGAGGUGGAGCCGACUGUUGUCACUUACAAUAGUUUUAUUGGGUUUUUAUGCAAAAGAGGAGAUGUGGAUAAAGCGAAGUGUUUGUUUAAAGACAUGGUGGAAAAGGGGAAGAGGCCAAAUGCUGUUAGUUAUGCUUUGUUGAUGGAAGGACUUUGUUCUGUGGGGAAGUUUAAAGAGGCUAAGAAGCUUAUGUUUGAUAUGGACUAUCAGGGUUGUAAAGCACGGCUGGUUAAUUACGGUGUCCUGAUGACUCACCUCGCAAAGAGAGGUGAGUUUGAUGAAGCUAAAGAUUUGCUUUCUGAGAUGAAUAAGAAGAAGAUUAGGCCGGAUGUUGUAAUAUUCAAUAUAUUAAUCAACUAUUUUUGCCAAAGAGGAAAAGUUGCAGAGGCUUAUAAGAUAUUAUCAGAAAUGCAACUUGGAGCAUGCAAACCUAAUGCCGCUACUUACAGAAUGAUGGUUGACGGUUUCUGUAGAGCAGGUGAGUUUGAGGGUGGUUUGAAGGUGUUAAAUGUAAUGUUAAGUGGUAGGCAUUUUCCUCGAACAGAAACAUUUUUUUGCUUAUUUUUAGGACUGAUCAAGAGUGGGAAUUUAGACAGUGCAUGUUAUGUUUUGGAGGAGAUGGGAAAAAGAGAGAGAUGGUUGGAUUUGAAAUCAUGGGAAGCCCUGGUUCUAGAUUCUUGUGCAGAAGAAAAUGUUGAUAGUAACUUGAUCGCUGAACUUGUAAAAUCCAGUUGA